AUGGAUGUUGUAGGCCUUUUAAACAAUAUAAACGACAAAUCCGACAUGUUUGCGGUCAAAACAUGGACAGCGGAAUGGUCAUAUAAUUUUCAAGAGAAUCAAUUGCUCUGGUCCUUCUGCGGAUGUCUACUGGUGUCGCUUCUAGUCGUGUUUUUCUAUUACUAUAAACGAUGGCGCUUAAAAGAGCUCACAGGCGGCACUUGUGCUACGGAUGCGGGAGGAGAACCUGCAAAGAGGUUCCGCAAACGAGACAAGAUGCUGUUCUACGGACGGCGGAUGCUGCGGAAGGUCAAGUCUAUCUCCAACUCCGGCCAGGGCCGAAAGCGACGCGCUGUUAUGCGUUUCGCCAGGAAACUUCUUCAACUGAAGAAGGAGACGGUUCCUGAACAACUUAAGGUGUUGGAGCCCCCGGCGGAGUAUUUGGAAGAAGACCUGACUAACGACGACCGAGUUCCACCGGACGCUCUAUAUAUGCUGCACAGCAUUAGAGUGUUCGGUCACUUCGAGAAACCUGUUUUUCUCAUGCUUUGCAAGCAUACAGAAAUAAUUAAUUUGCCCGCUGGCGCAUUUUUAUUUAAAGUUGGGGAUACUGACGAAAACGUGUACGUUGUACAGACGGGCCGCGUGAACGUGUACAUAACCAAUUCGGAUGGUAGCAGUUUGUCCCUCAAAGUCGUACGCGCGGGAGAGAGCGUCACAUCUUUACUCAGCUUCACCGACGUUCUGACGGGUAAUUCUCAACCAUACAAAACCGUUAACGCGAAAGCUUUAGAAGACUCGCAAGUGAUAAAACUGCCCAUGCGGGCAUUCCAGGAAGUCUUCAAGGAGUAUCCUGACAUAUUUGUUCGUGUUAUUCAGAUUAUCAUGGUGCGACUACAGCGUGUCACAUUCACAGCUCUACAUCAAUAUCUAGGACUGAGUGCUGAAUUGGUCAAUCCGGGUCGAGAGAAACGCCGACCAAACACCUUCGCGUCGUCACCAGGCAAAAGCAGCAAGGUGGUUUUGGUGGACAGCGGCACCUCCAUGCAUUCACCACAUCACACUGAGAGGGCCGGCGAGCAUUUGGAGGGCGGACACCAAACUUCAUCUCCCAUACUCAUUCAAGGCAGAAAACCCAGACCCGACAUGGUGCCCGAUCUCACAUCUAACACACCUCAGCAACAGCCGGACGUUCAACCGACCUCGUCCUUCAAAUCCAAAGAAGGUUCGUCGUUCAAGAAACACAACACUGACAAUCUCGAUGAGCAGGCUCUAAUACAAAUUGCGACUGAGGCGUUUGUGAAGGAGCUGGGUCUCGAAAACGAUGAUUUGCUCCGUGGCAACGUACAAGUGAGAGACCUCCCCGCUGGCACCUAUAUCAUGAAAGAGGAGAGUCAUAAGGAUGUGUCUUUAGUGUACCUCCUGUCUGGUGCACUACUCGUCUCCCAGAAGGUGGCCGAAGGUGAAGGGGAGGUGCAUAUGUUUACGGCGUAUCCAGGCGAAGUGGAAGGUGGUUUGGCGGUUCUGACGGGGGAGCCAAGUUUUUUCUCGAUCCGCGCGAAGCAUUUCUCACGUAUCGGGCUGCUGUCGAAGGGCGCGGUGUACAGCAUCAUGCGCGAUCGGCCCUCCGUGGUGCUGCAUAUCGCCAACACCGUGGUGAAACGCCUAUCGCCAUUCGUGCGGCAGGUCGAUUUUGCACUCGAUUGGGUGUUUAUCGAAUCCGGGCGAGCGGUGUACAGACAGGAUGAAGAAUCUGGAUCCACGUUUAUUGUAUUAAGCGGACGUUUGCGUUCAGUAAUCACGCAUCCAAAUGGGAAGAAAGAGCUGGUGGGCGAGUACGGCAAAGGAGACCUGGUGGGAAUUGUGGAGAUGGUAACUCAAACGCGACGCAGCACGACAGUGAUGGCGGUGCGAGACUCGGAGCUGGCGAAGCUGCCCGAAGGACUAUUCAAUGCCAUCAAACUGCGUUUUCCGGUCGUCGUCACUCGACUUAUAAAUCUGCUUGGACAUAGAAUUCUAGGAUCAUGGCAGAAGCCGGGCGCGGGGGGCCGCGGGCCCACAGCGCUGGAGCCGCGCUUCUCGCAGCACACGUUCUCCACGGUGGCCGUGGUGCCGGUGGGCGACGACGUGCCGCUCACCGCCUUCACCUACGAGCUGUACCACUCACUCAGCGCCAUCGGGCCGACUGUGCGACUGACAUCUGACGUGAUUAGGAAGCUGCUGGGGCUCACCAUCAUGGAUCCCAACAAUGAAUACAGGCUCAGUUCGUGGCUGGCACAGCAGGAGGACAAACAUAAGGUGGCGUUAUACCAGUGCGAUCCCAGUUUGACCCAGUGGACCCAACGCUGUAUCCGACAAGCUGAUUGUAUAUUGAUUGUCGCAUUAGGUGAUAAGCAACCCAGUAUCGGAAAGAUCGAGAAGGAGAUUGAGCGUCUGGCGAUCCGCACGCAGAAGGAGCUGGUGCUGCUGCACCGCGAGGGCGGGCCGGUGCCGGCGGGCACGGUGCACUGGCUCAACAUGCGCUCGUGGGUCAGCCAGCACCACCACGUGCGCUGCCCGCACCGCAUGUUCACGCGCCGCAGCCAGUACCGCGUCAGCGAGCUGUACAGCAAAGUGCUGAUGUCUGAAGCGAACGUGCAUUCGGACUUCUCUCGGCUGGCGCGUUGGUUAACGGGCACGUCGGUGGGGCUCGUGCUGGGCGGCGGCGGGGCCCGCGGCGCCGCGCACGUCGGCAUGAUCCGCGCCAUACAGGAAGCCGGCAUUCCAAUUGACAUGGUGGGCGGUGUCAGCAUCGGCGCUUUCAUGGGAGCUUUGUGGUGCAUGGAAAGAAACAUUACCACGGUCACACAGAAGGCUAGAGAUUGGUCUCAGAAAAUGACCCAGUGGGGCAAACAACUUCUCGACCUAACGUACCCGUCCACAUCAAUGUUCUCCGGGAGACAAUUCAAUGCCACCAUUCGUGGAACCUUCGGGGAUGUGCACAUCGAAGAUCUGUGGCUUCCUUACUUCACUGUCACCACUGACAUCAGCUCCAGUUGCAUGCGAGUGCACCGCCAUGGUUCUCUGUGGCGAUACAUACGCGCCUCGAUGUCGCUCAGCGGUUACAUGCCGCCGCUUUGCGACCCCGUAGACGGCCACCUCCUAUUGGACGGCGGUUACGUCAACAACUUGCCAGCGGAUGUGAUGAGGUCGCUGGGCGCAAAACACAUCCUGGCCAUAGACGUGGGCUCCCAAGAUGACACUGACCUAACCAACUACGGGGACGAUCUCUCUGGCUGGUGGCUACUGUGGAAGAAGUGGAAUCCGUUCACCACACCAGUGAAAGUGCCAAACUUACCGGAUAUCCAGAGUAGACUGGCGUACGUGUCCUGCAAUCGACAGCUAGAGGAGGUGAAGAGCUCGGACUACUGCGAGUACAUCCGGCCGCCGAUCGACGCGUACAAGACGCUGCAGUUCGGGUCGUUCGACGAGAUCCGCGAGGUGGGCUACCGGCACGGCGCCGCCUACUUCGAGGGCCAGCGGCGCGGCGGCGGCGGCGGCGUCAGCGGCGUCAGCGGGCUCGGCGCCCCGCCGCGCCGCCACCACCAGCCCACGCUCACCGACUACACGUUCACGGACCUGGCACAAAUGGUGUGUUCAGUCCGUCCGGCGCAAGACGUGGACAACUCGUCCUCCUCCUCGUCCGACUACGAAGACGACCAGCAACACUUCGAGGGAUACGCCUCAGAGCCCAGCGCUGGCAUUUUGGAGGAGGGUCGUCGCGGUCGACGUGUGGGGGGCUCCCUCUCCCUAUCGGAGGACGACGUCGACUCCGAGGCAGAGAUGUAUGACCCCCUGAACAAACGCGGUGGGAACAGGUGA